AUGGCAUCCUCAUCCCCCAGCGUCAUAAUGGUGCCCUACGACUUUGAGGAUUGCGAAAUUGACCACCUUGUUCUCAUGAUUUCCGACAUGCUUGAGCGUCUGCUCACUCAUAAUGACAAGAUACCACUUAUUCCUGAUGCCCUCACUCGAUUUCACUCCCGAGCACCUCCCGGCAUCACUGUUCUUGAUUACCUUCGUCGUAUCGUCAAGUAUACCCAUCUUGAGCGCUCCUGCCUUCUCAUUACCCUGCACUAUAUUGAUCAGAUGUGUGCUCGGAAUCCACGAUUUACUGUUUCCUCUCUCACCGUCCAUCGCUUUCUCAUCACUUCUAUCACCGUUUCCACAAAAGCGCUUUGCGACGCUUUUUGCACAAAUUCCCAUUAUGCCAAGAUCGGUGGGAUCAAAGUUGCAGAGCUCAACAUUCUUGAGCGCGAAUUGCUCACUGCUCUGGAUUGGCGUCUAACUAGCACAAGGGACCUGCUUCAUGACUAUUAUAUCAGCCUAGCACGUUCGCACUCUAAAAACCUCUUUAAGGUCGUAGAUCCCCCGCGUGUUGGCGUUCGAUCACAUUCCAGUGGCUCCCUAUCAAAUCGAUCUAACGGCUCGUCUCGGUCUUCAAACUCUUCUCCUCGUUCAUCGGAAAAGCCGGAAGUCCCCCAUCGUGAGCCGGGGAAGAAUGUAGCAGGGACACCCGAAUCUCAAUCCCCUCAUCGCAUGCAUUCACCCGGCCCAGUGCAGGCUGACACGCGGUCGCAAUCACAACGUGGCGUCGAGGCCAAUACUGCCCGACUGGUUACUCCUUCUCGAAAGAUGGAAACCGAUGUUUUGACUCCUGAUCCUAUCGUGAUCAUUGACCGAUCAAGAUUAGGUCCAGGAACAAUCGCACAUCCCUUCGCAGCACCGAGAGUAACGCCCUGCCAUUCCCUAACUUCUCCACGCGUCCUUACAGAACUUUCAUCCCCAAGACGAGAUCCCUCGAAAAGAAGACAAAGUGCUGGUUCUUUACGAGAUUCAGAUCGGAUGAAGGCGGAAAUACGACGGAGAAGAGUCGAUGCGACAGAACUCGUGCAUUAG